AUGGUGUUCUUAGAAGGGAAAAAGGAUAUGGUUGAAAGAUGCCUAAUGGCAGCUUCUUUGGCUGCUCUGGUGUGUCAUCCCAAUGCUACCUUUAAGUGUUUUAGACCCAAAUCAAAGACUACUACUUCAUCAGAAAGAGAAAAACCUCCUCGUGAAAAGAAACAACCAUCAAAAUCCACCAACAAAAAUGAGUUUCGAGCUAAUUCUUCUCUUUCCAGAGGUUCAGUUUCUUUCAACAUGAACAUAACAUCCCCUCCUCCUAAUUUUCCCACUUCAAGAAGUGGCAAAGAUCCUUAUCUGGUCUCAAACCUUGUCGAAGAAGAGCCAUCAUUUGGUGUUGUGGAAACCAUUUUCAGGUCAGGCUGGGACAAUAAAAUAGGCCUCCAAAUUGAGAAAAUACUGAAGAUCAAUCAUAAUGCAGAUGUUCUUAACAAGUUUGAAGAAUAUAGGGAGACGGUGAAAUCAAAGUCUACAAACAUUUCUGCUUGUGAGACUGAGAGGAUUGAGAGAUUGGCUGUCGAUGGCAAUGAACUCCUAAGGUUCCAUGGUGCCGUUGUCACUUGCCCUUUAGGAAAUGAUGAGUUCUUAAACAUUUGCCAUAGCGAAUGCUGUGGAAUUUGCAGAAUGGUCGGGUCUAGUUUAUUAGAAGGUGAAGAAUCCGUCAAGUUAAGCAACAACAGCCGACAAGCACAUAGAAAAGUUGUAUGUGUUGUUGAUAAGAUUUGUGCAAGGAAAGCCAUUGUAGUUUGCAGAGUGAUUGCAGGAAGGGUAGCUCGAUGUCGUGGACAAGGACUCGUGGAUGGAGAAGAGGGUGGCUUUGAUUCUGUUGUAAGUUUGUCUACGGAUCAAUUCGAACGAUCGGAAGAACUCAUUGUUUUGAAUGCUAGAGCUGUUCUUCCAUGCUUUAUAAUUGUUUAUAAUGUCAAAGACUCAAAUUUGCCUGUAUUUAUACACAUGCUUGUGUACAUUUCCAUGGUUGCAGUGUCACUUAAGUUAAAACUUAUUGCCCAAAAGCUAGAGUCUGAACCAGUCCCUCUUUCCAUUCGCCCUUUACUUAGCAUGUCAGCUUUUCAACUCAAAACCUUCCAUUCAUGCACACUGACACACUAA